ACCCCGAGCUGUCAAACCCGAUGACCACCGCGAACUGCCCCGGGUCCGAGGAGCUGGACUUCCGCCUGAUCUUCGGUGAGGACGGGCAGCAGCAGCCGCUGGGCCCCGCAGAUCUGGAGCCUGAUGACAACACAUCAUUCUACAUCCUAAAUGUGGCCCAGCCCCAGGCUAUGGUCACUAACCACCAGUCCAUUGGCCUGCCUCGUCAUGGUAUGCAGUCUCAAUCCCAGGUCAUCAACACUUCCCCACGCCUUCAGUCACACAAAUCAGGAUUGGAUCAUCCAGGCUACCAUGGACAAGACUCCAAAUAUGGCUCCUCCCCUCUUCUGCCCUCUGCUCCUAUGGAGGCACCGAAGGCCUUUGAAUGUCCCAGUAUCCAAAUCACCUCCAUCUCCCCUAGCUGCCAGCAGGAGAUAGGUCCCAAUGGAGAGGAUCUGAGGGCCAAUGGCCCAGAUGGGGACUAUCACGGUGACAGACCUCUAUCAAGAGACCACCUGUAUUUGCGGCUGGACCAGUCAUACCGGGACUCUUCACUCAGUCCUAGCCCAUGCAGCAGUCUCUCUUCUAGGAGCUGGUUCUCUGAUGCCUCCUCAUGUGAAUCAUUCUCACACGUCUAUGAUGAUGUUGACUCAGAGCUAAAUGAAGCAGCUGCCCGGUUUACCCUGGGCUCCCCACUUACUUCCCAAGGCUGUGCCUCCCCUCAAACCGGCGGUGGAGUUCUGGAGGAGCAGCCCCAUUGGCAGCACCAGCACCCUGCCUUUGUGCACCACUCCCACUCCAUCAGCCUGUCACCGCGACAGUCACCCUGCCACUCGCCACGCACCAGUGUCACUGAUGAAAAUUGGCUCAGCCCGCGGCCACCUUCCAGGCCAUCUUCCCGUCCCACCUCACCCUGCGGGAAGAGGCGUCACUCUAGUGCAGACAUCUGCUAUCCCGUCUCAUUGUCGCCACAUCACUCACCCACACCCACGCCAGGACCUUCACCCAGGGGCAGCGUUACAGAAGACACCUGGGUUGGCAGUCCUUCUCUGGGCAUGUCGCCCUUCCAGUGCUGCCCAUCAGAGGCAGACAUCCCAUCUAAGACAAGGAAGACCUCACAGGAUAGAACAACUAUGCAGUCUGGGAAAGGGGAGCUGGGGCUAGAUGACCAAGGAAAUAUGUCGCCUAAUCUAGACUCUCCCUCAGACGACGGCUUGCACAGCCUGAAGAAAGACGGGCCUGGGGAACAAUUCCUCUCAGUGCCCUCCCACUUCUCAUGGAAUAAACCCAAGCCUGGUCACACACCUAUAUUCAGGACCUCCUCCCUGCCUCCCUUAGAUUGGCCAUUGCCAAGCCAGUUUGGCCAAUAUGACCUGAAGAUAGAGGUACAACCCAAAGCCCACCACCGAGCUCACUAUGAGACCGAGGGCAGCCGAGGAGCCGUCAAAGCAGCGUCUGGUGGCCACCCUGUCGUCAAGCUCAUUGGCUACAGCGAGAAGCCCGUCAACCUGCAGAUGUUCAUAGGGACGGCGGAUGACCGAUACUUGAGGCCGCACGCCUUCUACCAGGUGCACCGGAUCACCGGGAAAACUGUAGCCACAGCCAGCCAAGAAAUCGUAGUCACCAGCACCAAGGUUCUCGAAAUUCCUCUGCUGCCCGAGAACAACAUGUCGGCAUGCAUCGACUGCGCCGGGAUCCUUAAGCUGCGGAACUCCGACAUCGAGCUGCGGAAGGGAGAGACAGAUAUAGGAAGAAAGAACACACGGGUUCGCGUGGUGUUCAGAGUGCACAUCCCUCAACCUAACGGGAAGGUGCUGUCGCUGCAGGCUUCCUCCAUUCCUGUGGAGUGCUCCCAGCGCUCAGCUCAGGAGCUACCGCAGGUUGAGAAAUCCAGCCUGACCAGUUGUGUGGUCAGCGGUGGAGAAGAGCUGGUCAUCACAGGCUCCAACUUCUUCCCAGAGUCCAAGGUCAUCUUCCUGGAGAAAGGCCCUGAUGGACGACCACAAUGGGAAGUUGAGGCAAAAAUAAAACGUGAGAAAACUCAAGGAUCAUGCAUCGUGGUGGAGGUUCCUCCCUACCACAGUAAGACUGUGGGCUCAGCAGUGCAGGUGCAGUUUUAUGUCUGCAAUGGCAAGCGGAAAAGGAGCCAAUCACAACGCUUCACUUACCUUUCAGUCAUGGUGAAACAGGAGCACGGGGAUGAGCUGGACCUUCCUGCACUACCCCCUAUGUCCAUGCCCCUGGCACAGGCUGCCAGUCUGGUGCGCACCCAGCUGCCUUCUCCUGAGCAGGGCCACCCAACAGAUAACCUUCUGUCCAGCUCCCCUCAUGGUCUGGCUGCAGGCUCUGGAGCUGGCCUGCUCCCCCUGCAGGCCCCUUGCCCCUCCCUGGGCUCCCCAUCUUUCCAGCACCUGCCUCACCUCCAGAGUCGCAGUUUGCACCACCCCCCUGCGGAUUGCCACAUGACGUUCCACCCGAGCUCUGCUCCUGCUCCUCUUCCUGCUCCUCCCCGUCCCUCCUACCAGCAUAUGCAGCACAGCCACGGUCAUGGCCUGCCUUUCAAUGGCCAGUCCAGCCUUCCUCCUCAGGGCUACGAGAGGAUGCCCUUUCAGCAGAGCCCCACUGCAGCAUCACACCCAAUGGGUUUGGGGAUGGUGUACCCCUCUUCCCCUUGCUCCUCACCAUCAGCUCCCUCCUCCUCAAGCAUUGCUGGUUCUCCGCAGAGUCAGCAAUCUCUGCUUUCACCCUCAUCUCCACAUCUCCACACACUAGCAGGCUAUCACUGCUCUCCAAAUCCAACCCAGGUCUCUUCUCCCAAUUGUCACCCCCUUGUAGGGCAGCACUCCUCCCAGCUGCAGAGGGCCCUGGGCUACCACCCGGUAGGUCAAAGGUCAGCCUCUUGCCCCACACCAUCCAGCGCACCUCCGCCAAGGAUGAUCCCCUCUCCGCACUCCGGGCCUUCCUCCCCUCAGCUCCACUCGUUGCCCUACCAGUCUCCCACCUCCUCAUCCCCUACUUCAGGUGGCAGUCCUUUGGGGCCUCUUCAACAGCAGCCCUCUCCGCAGGCUACCAGUCCAGUCAUGGCCAGCCUGUCCCCUGCAGCAGUGGGCCCUCUGGUUCACCCUCUGAGCCCUCAGGGCCCCUUCCCAUCGGACAGCGAGAGUCUGAACAUCAAGGAGGAACCAGAGGAGAGGGAGCCCACCUUCCGCUCUAUCGGCCUGCAGGACAUCACGCUGGAUGAUGUGAAUGAAAUCAUCGGCAGAGACAUGUCCCAGUCCCCCAGCGCUCAUGGUCCUCCACCAGCACACAACCAGUCAUAGCUCAGCCCCUCUUAUCCCCCCCCUCUAACUCCAACACUGCCGAGGUCCUGAUCUUGUGAGCUGAGGAGCCCGUCUCAUCUGAUGCUGAACAGUUUGUCCUUUUUAAAGAAACAGAGAGAUCUCACAACCUGGGUCAAGAAGAAGAUGAACAGGAGGAAACAGCCACGUCGAGCAGCUCCUCUGUCAGUCCUCAGGUGUCGAGGUGUGACCGACCCUCCCUCUUCAUGGGGGGGUGCGCCUGAUCCUGCAAAGCACUGCCGUCCCCUCGACCAAUCAGCUCUCUUCAGGAGUUCAGAGCACUCACAUGUCAGGAGUCAAGACGUCAGAGCGUCUCACCAGCAUCGACCACUCAGACGUUUCUUCAGGACUUUUUUACAAACAUCCGAGUCCUGAGCACAACAUGAGGGGAUCCCACUCGGAGACUUUAGACCUGGAAACUUUAUAUUCGACGUGAAAUUUGGUCAUUGAAAUUUCUAAUCAAACCAAACUGUCAGAUUCAGUAAAAAAAAAUUCCUUUUUGAAAUUAUAAAGCGAUGAAUGCCCUGGCAGAGAGAAACCAGCUCCCCCUGGUGCUGGUUAUGGGAUCUGCAACAUUCCACAACUUUUAGCAACCUGUGCAACCGUGUAGAUAUCUGUACAUGAACCCCCCCCCCCCGUCCCUGUCCCAUACACCUCCACCUGUCUCUUCUCUACGUCCUUCCUCUCCUCCCUCUCCUCAUCGUCCCGUUGAACAAAUGCCUUAUUAACAUUUCUAGCAGCUUUGAAUGGUAGCAAAAGCUUUUUUUCUUUUCGUUGUUUUGCACAGCUGGCUUUGAGUUUGACUUUGAUAUUACUCCACAGACCGAUGGUACGACGAUAUCCACGAAUCCCCGACGAGGGGAUUCAGGACAGAGUGAACCCUCCUGUUUUUUCGUUGAAAGCUAUUUUGAAGACGCCCGUUUGAUCCAUGUUACAGAGAAGUGUUUUUCUUCAUCCACAGAGACGGACCAUCUUGGCCUCUGACAUUUCUUUUUCAUGCAAUAACUCCCCCCCCCCACACCCCACACCCCCGCCUACAUCUCCCAGGGACCUCGUGUGCCUUCUAUUAAAUAACAGGCACCAGAGCUGUGACCGGACGACAGCUGAGGUGACAAACUGUAGGUUGGGUAAAGUUUUGAAAGUAUUUUAUACAUAGUUAUGCCUAUAUAUUGCAUUUAUGUGUUGACUCCGCCCCUUCUUCGACUCCCUUUCUGUAAUGAUCAAGGUAAAAAAUCCCCAAAAGUCCAGAGAGCAACAUCUGGAUGUGACAAUGUAACAAUAUUUGCUGUUCACAAUCAAAGUCCCAUCCUGAACAGUGUGAUUUCCUGUUCUUUACACAUAUGCAGUGCCUGUGUGGCAGCAAUAACACACUGUUGAUUUGGUUUUUAAAAGGUAUUUUCACACACCUGAUGAGUGUGAGCAGACGGGUUCAGAUUCUGAUUAGAUUUCCAUUGGCUUCUUUAUUCUCUUUUUUUUCUUUUGCCUUAAGCUUGACAAUGACGCUCCUGCCUGCGAGAGACGAGGAGCGUCGCAUACGAUAGUUCGAAAUCCUUUUCCAGGUGAAAAUGAUUCUGCUAUGCAUUAAAAGUUCUGCCUGAUGCCUUUAAAAUAAAAAAAACACAACAAAAAAAGACCUUGAUGCCUAUAGAAGUGUAGACAACUGUAGACCCGUUGUAGAUGCUGGGUUGAUUCGGUUGUUAGCGUCCUGCAUUCGUCCAAUCAGCUUCGUCCAGGACACAGCGCGAGCAUCUUUAAAAGGGUUCGGCUAUGUGUGUGUGUGUGUGUGUGUGUGUGUAUAUUUGUGUGGAUGGUCGGUGUUUCUACCAAAUAUGCUGUACAGAAGACAGGGAUUUAAAGAGUCCUAUUUUAACAACAGAAGCACACGUGUGUAUUUAAUCUAUGCAAACUAUAAGAAGCAAAUGUGAAAUAUGAGUUAUGAGAUUCGACUAUUUGUAACGUCACAUACAAAAAAGAGAAAUAAAAACAUUCAGAUAGUGAGAGCAUCACGUCACUAUGUAAACUGUUAAGAGGCCUUAACUCUGGUGUCCGUGUAUGCUGUUGAGUUGAUUUCCCCCCCACCCCCUCCAAGACAUAAGUGAAUAAUAUUAUAAUUCAAAUUUGGGGGAUUUCUCCUUUUUUUUUUGCAUACAAAGCAAGUUGUGCAGCUUCAAAGACUUGAGUCAACAAAAAAUUAAAAUGAAAAACCAGCAUGGACAGUAACUCUCUGGCUGCCGUCCUCCUCUGUCACAACCAAAGACCGAACAAUAUGUUCCCACUUUACACGAUGGUAAAGCAACAGAGACUGUACUACUCUAUUUUUGAUACUUUCAAAUGGAUGUCAUUCCUAAAAGGUUGAGGUCUGAGUGUUUAGUGUAUAUAUGCAUUCUAUAUAUAUAUACACUAGACACUCACACAUACAUAUAUGAAAUUGUUUUGUAAAAUAAAAGGGAAAUACAGGUUUAGCUGAUGUUUACCGAGCCUUGUAUUGUCAUUUCUUGUAUAUUUUGUAUGUUAAAUUUUUUUUUUGUAAUUUUUAAGACUGCAGUGCUUUUUGAAAUUAUUCAAAGGGAAAACCUUGCAUCAUAAUGUAGGCUCUAAAGUAGUGUAUAUCAAUAAAACUGAAAACUCA